GCCCUGCACGAGGUAUGAGGGAACCCUCUCUCCUUCCCGUGGCUUUCCUACUUCCACUCAGGUUGCUUGCAUACAUUCAGAAGCAUGUAGGUUUCGUCCGAACUUAUUACUCAUACGCACAGGACCGUUUCUACUAUGAAACUGCUAUGUAUGAGGAUCUGAAAAUAAACUGUCAUCCAAGUACUCCUGGACAGUUGUCUCAUGACAAUCAGCUGGAUGGAUACCAGUCCAAAGAAGAGCUAUUUUACAUUCCGUACAGAUUAGCUAAAUUAUACAUUACCAAGAUUGCAAAAGACAUGCACCAGAUGAGAAUCAGAUACCUGAAGGUUAUCAAAGAGCUGGAGCACACUGGAAAAGAAAGCCAGGAACAAGCCAUAAUGGCACUGAAAAACCAAUACAGUGACAAAAUAAAGCACCUGAGCGCUUAUCUGGAGGCUUAUCAAGAAAUGGUAGGAAAAGAAAAGCAAUGCUGGCAAGAUACAAGAAAGAGACUGGAAGAAGAAAACAAGAAACUGAGACAAGAAAAAGCGGAGCUCAUGAAUCAGAUCCAAGUGCAGGAUGAAAAAGCAGGGAAAGAAAAGUCUUGGCUCCUAAAAAGCAUUGUUCAGAAGCUACACUGUCUGUAUACCCAGCAUACUUUAACUAUCAAGGAACUUCGUAGAAGUAGACUGGACCUUGAAAAUGUGCAGAAAAUGGUAACUGAAAAUAGAGAAACAGAGAAGAAUACAACAAAAAUUAAGUUUGACACCAUAACACAGGAUGGGCAAGGUUCCUUUGUGGUGGAUAUAGAAGAAGUGCAAGAUUAUUUACCAGAAAAGAAACUUCUGAUGGAAGUUAAAACCAGUCUGGAACAGGUUAAAACAUCAUUACAGAAACGAGAGACAGAACUCAGUGAGCUUUUACAAAGUGAACAUUGGUGUAGCCCUCAAACUACAGAAACAUUACUGAAACAAUGAGUGGAGAAAGCCUGCUUAAUAAGGUUAGAAGCAGCAAAGGAAAAGAAAUGAUUGCAUCAGCUCCUUCUCUUUGAAAUAUAGGCUCUAGAUCAACACAAGGAAGAAUUGUGCAGAUGGAUUACCCUUCUCUGUCUCCUAGAAGACAUUUAUAACAAUGAACAAAUACAACUAUGUCUGUAUUCUGAAUUGUAUUUUGUACCAUUUUGUUGCAAAACAUCAGAUCAUUUGUUUCUAAGUAUAUGAUUUCAUCUUUUCUACACUUUUGUUUGUUCAGGUUUGAAAUCAGCUUUAGAUUUCUUUUAAAUGCAGUUCUGAACAAAUUAACCAAAAAAGCUACAUGCCCCUUCCUCAUUGAAAAGCUGGAUACAACCUAAUAUCACAAGAACAUUAAAAGUAAAUUCAAAAGAAGGGUUUCUAUGUCAGUUGCUUGUGAAAAUUCUCCAACAUACAUUUUGAAUUGGAAAACUUUUAUACUGUGUUAAAGUCUGGUUUGUUGGGAGAGGGGUUCAUAAUUUAUAUGAAUUUAGUUACUUGUUUGCGUGCUUGCUUACUUUUAAAUAAAAUUUAUAGACCAUCCAACUCAUAGCAACUCUGGAUAGCAUACAAUCAAUUGUACUCCCUGCUCCUGCCUUGACAUGAACAAAAAUAAUAGGCUUUAGAAUGCUGAAUCCAAUGAGUCCAUAGAAGUUUUAGUUUCAAAAAUUACUGUAAGCAGAAUGGCUGAAUAUCAAUGUGGAGGUCAAAACUAAUCUUCUCAUUUCUGUUCUGGUUUUUUGUUUUGUUUUGCCAAAAUCUUGCCAUAGUACAAAGUGGUCAGAAAGAUAAGAUGGCCUUCUAGAUAUGUACAAUGUUAGGUUUCAUG